GGUGGUAGCGGCAAAUGGCACUGCAGUACCGCAGUGUAUUUUAUUAUGUUCGUCAUUUUUCCUUGUCAGGCAUAUUAGCAAGACACAUGAGGCAUGGUCCUGGAUCCGCAGAGUCAGCAAACAAGGAGCACGCCAAAAAAAAAAGGGGGGGGGGGAGAGGGAGCGGUUUACAGACGACGGUGUGUUUUCCUACAGUGUGCAGUUGCUGGUGGGAGAAAAGGAAAGGAAGGGACCGAGAAGGCUUUAUACGACUGACAUUCUGCUCGCCAUCGCACUCUGUGUGCACCAUGGCUCGGGGGAGGUUCUGUUGUAAAUAUAUCUUUCUUCGAGUACGAAGUCUAAGGCGGGAUGAACAAGAUGAUACAAUCAAAGGGAAAAAUAAGAAGAAAAAGAGGGGAAGGGAAAGGGUGGAGGUGUGGAGAGCAGACAAAGAAACAACGAAUCCCGUCGGGUGUGUUCCAGAAAGUAGCGAAGUGACCCUAGGCUGGCUGGCCUGGCUGUUGUUGUUGGCUGCGGUUGGCACCUCCACUCGACUCCACUCCACUCUCCCCUCCUCCCCCAUCCUCCUUGCCCUUUCCCAUCUGCUCCCUCUCGCUCUCUUUCUCUCCGAAAACAUUACCGCUUCGUCUUAUUUAUAUAUAUACAUAUACUGCAUCUUGUAUUCAUCCUAUCCUCGACGGGAUAUCUGGACCAAGCGACCACAACGGGAGACAAGAACACGCCCUUUUUUUUAACAGAGUCGCAAUCAGUUUGGAAACUGUCCGUCGUCCACUCAUUCUUCAUUCAGCCCUGAAGCUGCUCAUUGGGUGUGUGGGUGUGUGUAUAGUUCGUCUCGGAUACCAGUAGCCGGCAAGCCUUCUUGUCUGCAAAACCUCGGCAGUCCAUUAGUGCCGUCAUCCCUCAGGCACCUCACACCUGGGUCGAGCCGCAGCAGCAGCAGCAGCAGCAGGAACAAUUCCCCCAGCAACAGCAUCUGCUGCAACAGCAAUUGCACUCGCAGCAACUGUCCCA